GGCGCUGUGGGGCCGGCGCGCGCCGCUCGUGCUCGGGCUGUGGGGCGCCGGGGCGGGAACGCGCGGCCUUCUCGGGGCCCAUGCCGGGCUCGCGGGGCCCGGCGUCCCGCGCAGAAUUACAGGUGGAAGAAGGCCCAUAUCUUUUUCUGUGGGGGCUUCAAGCGUCUUUGGAAGUAGAGGCAACAGUGAGAAGGGGAAGCUUUCCCUGCUGGACAUUGCUGAGCUGAUUCGGGCCAGAGCCUGCCAGAGAGUGGUUGUCAUGGUGGGGGCCGGCGUCAGCACCCCCAGCGGCAUUCCAGACUUCAGAUCUCCAGGGAGUGGCCUCUACAGCAACCUGCAGCAGUACGACAUCCCUUACCCCGAGGCCAUUUUCGAACUUUCAUUUUUCUUUCAUAACCCCAAGCCAUUUUUCACUUUGGCUAAGGAACUGUACCCUGGGAACUGCAGGCCCAAUGUCACUCACUACUUCCUCCGACUGCUUCAUGACAAGGGGCUGCUUCUGCGACUCUACACACAGAAUAUUGACGGACUCGAGAGAGUGUCUGGCAUCCCCGCCUCAAAGCUGGUUGAAGCUCAUGGAACCUUUGCCUCUGCCACCUGCACGGUCUGUCGAAGACCCUUCCCAGGGGAGGACUUUUGGGCAGAUGUGAUGGCAGACAGGGUCCCCCGCUGCCCAGACUGCGCCGGCAUCGUGAAGCCCGACAUCGUGUUCUUUGGGGAGAUGCUGCCCCAGAGGUUCUUGCUGCAUGUGGCUGAUUUCCCCAUGGCAGAUCUGCUGCUCAUCCUUGGGACCUCCCUCGAGGUGGAGCCUUUUGCCAGCUUGUCUGAGGCUGUGAGGAGCUCAGUGCCCCGACUACUCAUCAACCGAGAUUUGGUGGGGCCCUUGGCUUGGCGUCCUCGCAGCAGGGACGUGGCCCAGCUGGGGGACGUGGUUCACAGCGUGGAAAGGCUGGUGGAGCUUCUAGGCUGGACGGAAGAGUUGCAGGACCUUAUCCAGCGGGAAACCGGGAAGCUCGAUGGACGAGACAAAUAGGAGGGUGAUGGCUGCACACAUAGGAGAAACGGUGACACAGGAGAUGUCCACAUCCCAUUUCUGAUGAGAACUCACACCUGAAGACAGCUUGGGCAGGUUCACAAAUUCUGGUUGCUGAACCAGGACACAUGAACUGAGGUAGAUGGACGUCUGGGCUGCCACCGAGUGUCUUCCCGACUGGUGAGCUCUGUGCUGACAGGGAGGGUGGCGUUUCUACUCACUGCCACCCUGAUACAGCAGAGCCACCUGUUUGCUGUGUUUAAUUCUUCACUCUGCUGUAGCUCCUGAUGCGAGAAGCUUUCUUCUCACAGUGACCCCUCUCCGACUGAAACAAGCUGCGUGGAAUCUGCUUUUACAGACCAGAUCUGCCUUCGCUGUGCCCAGGUCGCCGUCUGAAGGGCAGGCUCGGCAUCGCCUACGGUUAGACCUGGGCUUGUAGAUCUGUGCCCUGGUGACGCUCUGGGGUCUCUGUCAGUACAGUUAUCUUUAAUGAGAUGUUCCUGGCAUGAAUGUGGAAAGGGUACCUGGGGGCACACAGGUGUCCCCCGCUACUGGAAGAGUCUGAAGACUGAGGACAUUUGUCCCUGGAUUUACCCUGGAGGUGGCAGCACCUUCUCUUCCAUCCCAGCUCCCCUCUCUGAAGCGUGUCACACCCUUGACUCUACCGUAUUCAGUCUCUCCUUGGGGAACUGAUACGUUUCCAGAGUAUUCCAGCACUUCUAGCCUGUCUCCUGUCCUCACACUGUCACCCACCAGGGCUUCCUGCAGUGAUGCUGCUGGAAUUAAUCUUUCAGACACAGAAGCACUACUCACCUAAGACCUAGGCUGGCUCCCAGCAGCUUGUCGGACUCCCUUGACCCGUGCCCAGGCCACGCCGUGAUGUGGGGGCAGAACCCACCCUUCUGCCUAGGUUGGACCGAGGCCCAGCUCCAACACUGACCCAUUCGGGCACUGGCUGCCUCCUCCUUGGCUCUCACCCACGUGCACAUCCUCCUUUCUGGCAUCAUGUUGGCUUUGUGUUUCCUGGGCAGUGGCACUUCCUGUCCCUGAACCUGGCCUGGAGCUGAUAGAGCAGAUUUAACUGUUAGACUCCGUGGAAAGGGGUCCCAUGACCUGCCCUUCAAUGAGUCGUGAUCAACAGACUGAAUUCUACCUAGAACAAAA